AUGAUAAUUCAAAUAAUAUUGGCAAUUAUAGUUUUAGGCAUUGUAAGAUGGAUUUGGUAAGUAAAAAUGCAUUUUUUGUCGCAAAAAAUUAAUUUUAAAAAUUUUUAGGGACCGUAUAAAAUAUUUUAAGCUACGAUCAGAGCUAGGUCUUGGUGGACCAGAGAUCAGUUUUCCGCUAGGAAAUCUAAAGUUCCUUUUGGAUUACCCAAAGUAUGCCAAAAAUGUAAGUUCUCUCCAUUUUUUGUUUUGUAAAGAAAGUUCUUUCCAUUUUUUGUUUUGUAAAGAAAAUUUUUGCCGGCUUUUGCCUUGUAAAGAAAGUUUUCGCCAUUUUUUGUUUUGGAAAGAAAGUUCUUGCCAUUUAUUGCUUUGUAAAGAAAGUUCUUGGCAUUUUUUGUUUUGUAAAGGAAGUUCUUGCCAUUUCAGUUCAUUAAAGAAGGCUAUGUACCACCACCAGAACCAUACGGUGAAACAUUUGGCGUAUACGUAGGAUCAAUCUUUGAAAUCAACACCACCGACUUGGAUAUUGUUAAUGAAGUUUUUAUCAAACAAUUUUCAAAAUUUGUCAAUCGACCGGUAAGAAACAUUUUUUACACCAAGCCCUAGCCCAGAGCCCUAGUCCUUGUACUAGGUCAAGCGCCCGCUCUGGGCCAUAGACCGAGCUGUAGCCCUGUUCCUAGCACUUGUCCAAGCUGUGGCCAUAUCCCCAGCUUUAGCUCUCGCCCUCGUUCCAGCCUUAGCCCCUAGCCUUAGCCAAAACCCCAAUCUUAUCUUUAGCCCAAGUCCUAGCCCUAACCCUAACUUAGCUUUAGGCUUCUUUAAAAGUUUCAAAAACACUUUUAGACCCAACACUUCAACGCUGGUUACCCAUUGAAUGACAGUAUUUUACAAAUGACAAAAGAUGGUGUCGAAGGUCGUGGCUAUGGUUGGAAAGACGUUCGAUCAGUGGUUUCACCUAUUUUCACUACCGGAAAACUUAAAGCAGUAAGUUUUUAAAAUUUCAAAGUAAAAAUUGAUCUUAAAUUGCAUUUUUUGUUUUGUAAAAAAAGUUCUUGCCAUUUUUUGUCUUGUAAAGAAAGUUUUUGCCAUUUUUUGUCUUGUAAAAAAAGUUCUUGCCAUUUUUUGUCUUGUAAAGAAAGUUCUUGCCAUUUUUUGUCUUGUAAAAAAAGUUCUUGCCAUUUUUUCUUUUGAAGACAGCUAAUUUUAGAUGUUACCAUUGAUGGAAGAACGCACAGAAGCAUUCAUAAACAUGUUAAAAACAAAGGCAUCUCAAGGUGAAAUUGAAAUGUAUAUGUACGUACUUUACUUUACUUUGCUUAUUUUAUGAAUUACACCGCCAAACAACCCAAAUUUGACAAUUAACAACUAAAAAACAAAAAAUAAGGCUUUUUAUACCUAAAUAUUGCCCAAAAUCACAUUUUUUAUCACUUUAAAAACCAAAGUAUGCAAAAACUUUCUUUCCACUACUCUAAAGCCCCAAAAACUUUGUUUCCACCCAGUGUUCCUCGAACUUUUUAUAAUCAAGCGCGCCGUUGCUUAACUUGCCAGAUCGAACGGGACCGCGUUUUCGCACUGUGCAAAAAGGACAAAUAGCGCUGCACGGUGCAGAAAUUGAUUUUUUGGCAAUAACUUUGUUUACAAUGAUGUAAAAUGGCAUUUUAAAGAUUUUUGAGAUUUGGAAGAAACUUUCUUUACAAAUUAUCGAAAAGUUAGGGGUUUUUGCUUGGCUUUGAGAAAACCGCAAGAACUUUGUUUACAGAACAAAAAAUUUUUAAAAAAAAUUAAUUUCAACGUUCUAAAAUGGCAUUUUUCAUCUUUUUUUUAAAUUUCAAAUUUUUUUAAAUUUUACUUUCAGUGAGUUGCAGUCCUUAUCACUAGACAUCAUUGGUCGAUGCGCGUUUGGCAUGGAAACGGACUGUAUAAAUGACAAAAAUGACAAGUUCUACACGAAUACACGAACAUUUUUCCAGCAACUAAGCCUAGAAGACUCAUUUGGUACACUGGUUGGGAUGUUGUCACCAAAAUUGUCACAUUUCAUACGACCAUGGACUAAAGAAGGACGGGCCGAGAAGGUAUUGAUCCACGGUCUGAAGGAGAUUGUUGACAAAAGACGACAAAACUUUGAGAAUGAAAGUGGGAAUGGCCAUAGGAGAGACCUGAUAUCAUUACUUUUAGAACAAGACAGGGAAAGACAGAUGAAUCAAAAGGUAAGAAACUUUGUUUACAAAGAAGAAGACAACGUGUAGCAUGGCUACAGUAAGCUUAGACACUAUAAUACUACGACAAAGUAGGGUUCAGUAGGGUAAUGGAUUCGGGGUAAAUAUAUUUUUAUAGGGGUAGGGUAGGGGUAAUUUUAUAGGGCAGGGGUAGUUUUAUGAGGGUAGGGGGGUAGGGGGGUAGAGAGUAGGGGGUAGGGGGUAGCGAGUAAAGUCAAGCUAAAAAAAUAAUAAAAAUUUCAGAAGCCCCCACUCCACGAAAUGACAUUAAUAUCAAAUUGCUAUGCCAUUUUGCUAGCUGGCUAUGAAACGACCAGUACAGCGCUGGCUUUCGCUUUAUACGCCCUAUCCAAGCAUCAAGACGUUCAACAGCAAUUGUUCGACGAAAUCAAUGAUUACAUAGAAAGCGAAAAAAAAGUGAAAUACGAAGACAUUUUCAAAUUUCAAUAUUUGGAUGCGGUUGUUAAAGAAACCCUCAGGCGAUACUCACCGGUGGUUUUCUUUUCAUCCAGAGAAUGUGUUGAAGACUGUGAAAUUAAAGGAAUUAAGGUAAAAAUGAUUUUUUUAUACUUGAUUUAACGAGUUUUUGGCAUAAAAGACAAAAUUAUAGCUUGAAAAAAUAAAUCAUGUUUUCGUGGUGGGACCAAAAUUAAAAAUCAUAAAACGCGAAAUAAAAACAAUUAAAACUACUAUAAUUUGGUAUUAACAUGGAUUUUGACAUCAUUCUUAAGAAUUAAAACAUAAUGCCAAAAAAUUCAAGUUUUCGUGGUGGGACCCAAAUUUAACUAACAAAACCCGUAUUUUCAGUUCAAAAAGGGUAUCUGCAUUCAAGCACCAGUCCAAUCCUUCCACCAAAACCCUGAAUGGUGGCCAGAGCCAUUCAAAUUCGACCCGAAUCGUUUUCUGAAUAUUCAAAAAAUUGACCAGUUGAAAUGGAUCCCAUUUGGAAUUGGGCCGCGGAAUUGCGUUGGAAUGCGAUUUGCUGAACUCGAAAUGAAAUCAGCCUUGAUUGCAAUCGUCAAAAACUUUAAAAUCACCCCUGGUCAAGAAAUUUUGGACAAGGAUUUGGAUUGUACUGUCAGUUCGGUACUGUAUAGACCGGCUUCAACUUUACCUUUGAAAUUGGAAGUACGGUAA